UUGGAUGAGUGAGUACAUGUGAACACUGACUGCUGUAAAGUAUUCUCCUUGGAGGAGGGGGCCGUGGCUUAGUGCAGUAGAGCAUCUUCUUGCAUGCAGCAGGUCCCAGGUUCAGUUCCUGGCAUCUCUAAAUAGGGCUGGGGGAGACUCCUGUCUGAAACCCUGGAGAAACCUGCUGCCAGUCAGUAUAUGGAUACUGAGCUAGAUGGACCAAUGCUCUGACGUUGGUACAAGGCAGCUCUUUAGGUUCCUAUAUAAGGGGAGAGAGUGGCUGACGUUGAGAAGCCUGGGAAGUCCCCGAUUUCUGCCUGAGGCUCCUCUCUGGUUCCUGUCUCAAUGUAAGAGGGAGGAGUCCUAAACCAGAGGAUGGUAAAGAGAAAAAGAGGAGGAGGGUUUGGAGUAGUCUAAUCUCGGAGAGAACAUUUAUUUCUCUUAGCUAUGUUCUGGGAUGUUUAGCUGUUCUAUAAGCCACUAUAAGGUUCUUUGAGUGUGUGUGUUUUAAAGUUGGUGUGUUAUAGAAAACUUUGAAGCAAAAAAAAGGGGGGUGAGGGCAGAAUUAGGUGGCUCUGUAGUCCCUGCUACAGGAGGCUGUGUCUGAUUUGGCCUCCCUUUGGAGCGUUAGUGGGACUGGAUGAGUGGCUGUCCAGUUAGUCCUGGGGGAAAUGCCAGAUAGCAGGUAGGAACAGUCCUGUCACUUUAAAAGCUUCCAGGCAAAGCUACAGGGAAAGUCCUGCCUCUCUCCCUCUCUAGUAGGCAACUGUCCUAGCCAGAGCUGAAGCUAGUAAGGGGAGGAGGAAAGAGAAGAUGCCAGCGAAAGUGGGGACGCUGUUUUAAAACAGACGGAGAGGUGGGCAGCACCACAGCAGAUAACUUGGCCACAGACAUAAAACAUCUCACCAGCACUCCCACCCUCUCUUGGUGUUGCCAAGCAACCAUGGGAGAGUGGGGGUUUUUGAGCUCCCUUCUGGAUGCAAUGCAGGAGCAUUCACCCAUGCUGGGACGUUUUUGGCUGGUGGUGAUGCUAAUUUUCCGCAUCCUGAUCCUGGCCACGGUGGGCAAUGGCGUCUUCGAUGAUGAGCAGGAGGAGUUUGAGUGCAACACAAAGCAGGUUGGGUGCAAGCAGAUUUGCUAUGACUUGGCCUUUCCCAUCUCCCACUAUCGCUUCUGGGUCUUUCACAUUGUGGUGCUUUCAGCCCCCGCCGUCCUGUUUGUUAUCUAUUCCAUGCACCAAAUCACAAAGAUAAACCGUGGCCAGGAGGAGGAAAGCCACGGAGCGGAGCAGAAAGACCAAACACACUUUCAACUCCCACCCGGCCGACGCAACCAAAACAUCCAGGUCUUCUACAUAGUCAAUGUCGUGGUGAGAAUCAUGGCAGAGAUCAGCUUUCUUGUAGGACAGUGGAUGUUGUAUGGCUUCCAGGUGGGAUAUCAGUACAUCUGCAAACAUUCUAUGUGUCCCCACCUGAUUGAUUGCUUUGUCUCCCGGCCAACAGAGAAGACCAUCUUCCUCCAGUUCUACUUCAUGGUGGGCCUGGUUUCAGCUUUGCUCAGCCUGGUGGAGUUGGUUCAUCUCUUCUUCAAGGACCGAUGCAAGAAGCGCCUCAAUGUUGUUCCUCCUACUGCUGCCUCUUAUGAACAGCAGGACAAUUGGUCCAAUCAGAACCAAGAGAAGUCGCAGCACUUUCUGGCCCCACCAGAUGGGGAUGCCAAUGGAGCACCAGCUCACUGUGGGAUUCCUAACCAUUAUGAGCCUCCAGCCCACUUUCACCACAAAUGUUCUACCAAGAGCAGCCGAUCCUCUCGCUCUUCUGCCCGAGCUGACUUGACAGUGUAAGGCAUGGGGAACUGCUAUAUUUUUCCUGACUUCUUGGUCCCUGGAUGAGCUGGACUUCUCUGGGGCUGAAUAAUCGUGGACAUGGACUAUUCCUGUUCCCAGGCACUGUCAAAUAACACAGAUGGAUAUGAUGGACCACUCCCGCUUGUAAUGGAACCUACUCCUGUCCUUGAAAAUUCAGCAUUCUGCUCUUAUAUAUGUCUCCAGGAGGACUGACAGAAACCUAUUACAUUUAUUUCAAAGGAUGCAUGGAUUUGUAAUCUGGCCUCGGUAAGCUAGGAGCAGCAGAUGUUUUGGGGGAAAGGAGUGAAAUUGGGAGGUCACUUUCCCAGCUGUGUGCAAGACUCCUGUCUGGAUCAUCAGAUGAGCGACUCCAACUUGAACUAGCAAAAACGUUGGGAAUUACUUGGCUGUAGAAGUAUUAAUGUCAUAAAAAACAAAUGGAGAUGCUCCCAUUUAGCAUGGGCUAGUCCUGUGUGAUAUUUGUUGAGAGCAGAAAGUUUGCAAUAAAAGGAAUUCUUUUUUGUUUGAGA